UAAAAAGGCAAGGCAGCUCUCAAGUUGAUCAGUCUGCUCAGGAAACUUCUGGUGGAGAAAGUACUGGAGUCCAAACAGGAGGGGAGAGAAGUUGAGAUUUUGUGCAAAGAAAUUUUCUUUGCUCCCGCAGAGGACAAUAUUUCGGGGAAAUUAUCAUAUAUAUUUGAAACUGUUGAUCCAACUCAUUUGGCACCGUGCACUGCGAAAACUGUCAUUUGUGUGUGGGUUUUUUUUUUAAUAUAUAGCAACACUCCUGGAUAAAGACUCUUGGCUUUAACUGUAAAAAUCGGAUUAUCUGACUGAGGCAUUGUGUUCAUUAGACCAGGCUACUCCCCCCGCCCCCUCCUCUUCGCAUUUGAGGUUUAUGCUUAUAACUGAAAAGAACGCCAACAAUGUUUUUGAGUUUUUGCCUCUUGGUGACAUUUAUCUUGGGGCUGUCCGGGUGCUUGGGCUCAUACGUUCCGUGCGAGCCUUGUGACGAGAAGGCGCUGUCCAUGUGCCCUCCGGUCCCGGUCGGCUGCCAGCUGGUCAAGGAGCCGGGCUGCGGCUGCUGCCUAACGUGCGCCCUGUCUGAGGGGCAGGCGUGCGGCGUUUACACCGGGACGUGCACCCAGGGCCUGCGGUGCCUGCCGAGGAGCGGGGAGGAGAAACCCCUGCACGCCCUUCUCCACGGCAGAGGAGUGUGCACGAACGAGAAAGGAUACAAACCUGCUCACCCGCCCAUAGAUCGUGAGUCCCGAGAACACGAGGACACCGUAACCCCAGAGAACACAGAGGAGCAGCCGCCGGCCAAAGUGCCACUGCUCCACAAAGACAUUGUGAACAGUAAAAAAGCCCACGCAAUGCUCAAGGAAAAGAAUAGGAAGCUCAGCAAGCAGCGCUCCAUGGGCUCUCCCAUGGAUUACUCCCCCCUGCCCAUUGACAAGCAUGAGCCGGAAUUUGGUCCGUGCAGGAGAAAGCUGGAUGGGAUCAUUCAGGGAAUGAAGGACACCUCUCGUGUUAUGCCUCUGUCUCUGUACCUUCCCAACUGUGACAGAAAAGGAUUCUUCAAGCGCAAGCAGUGCAAACCAUCUCGCGGCCGCAAACGAGGCAUCUGCUGGUGCGUGGACAAGUACGGCGUCCAGCUCCCCGGCACAGACUACAGCGGAGGAGACAUUCAGUGUAAAGACCUGGAGAGCAGCAGCAGCAGCAGCAACAACAACAACGAGUGAAACCGGGAGGACCAAGCCUUGAUCGCCAACCCUCCCCCCGCCCCCCCAACCACCACUCCACCCAGGGCCCACGCCUCCUCUCUGAAUCACACCUGUAUGCUCCGCCCUCUGUUCACUUCAAGAUUUCUUUUUUCAAACUGAAAAAAAGAACAAGCUGAAAAGACACCUGUAUUUUUUUUUUUUUUUUGUCUGUCGUUGACCAAGCACUCUUCUCCUAAAGAGGGGGAAAAGUCCCAGAAGAUUUCCUAGAUCCCUUGACUCAUUGAUCGUGGGACCCCUCAGUUGCAGAACCACGAAAAUAUAUGCACACAACGGAUAUAUUUUUUAUAGAAGCUGGGGGUUACAACGCAACACUUUGUAUGGUGUAAAAUUAACAAAAAAAAAAGAAAAAAAAUGCAUCAAAACAAAUCAGUUUCAGCCUGUGGAGCACGACGCCACCGCAGAACUGACGAUUGGCAGAGUAAUUUUAUUUUUAUUUUCUGUCUGUUUUCCAAAAGAAAAAAAAAAAACGAGAGAUAGGAAGAUACUGUAACGGUUGACUCUAUCUGGGUUUGUGGUUCUGUCAGAGCACUUAUAAAUAGGGGAACCUGCUUAGAUACGUGCAACUUCACAGAAAAAGACGCGUGCAUGGACGUGUGCAUGUGUACGGUGCAAAUGUGCGGUGUGUAUGAGCCUCUGUUGGUGUACGAGGGAGUGAGCCUAUUACAAAAAAAAAAGAAAGAAUGUCCUUUUUUUUUGGUUUUUCCUUUCUCUUUUGUUUGGUUUUGUCACAACAAGUAUUGCUAGCGCUUGAGGUGGCCUUCGGGCCGGCCUCCUCUGUAAUGUAAAGCAUGUUUUGGGGGGAGAGUUCAGAGACAAAAGAGCAAGUAGACCGUCACAGAUGAACCUAUGUAAGUGGCUCUUCAACAAUGUAGCUAGCCUGAUAUGCCAACUGUGCCUAUUUGAACAGACACUGCCAUGCAGGGCAACACGGAGCUUAGAGAGCGCUGACUCCACUGGUGAAAUAAAGAUUUUCAGCUUAAGUGAACGCGACUCAAGUCUGACUUUGAUCCGGUUGAGUUACGUGAUCAAACUCCCCAGUCGGGCCGGUUGCUUCUCUGAUUUGGUUUGUGUGAAGUGUAGUUUUGUAUGGUUUUUGUUUGUGCUGUUUUCUUUGCCUUCAGUGAAGUAAAGACCGCCCACUUUUGAGCCAUGUUCCUUUAUCAAGUGGUUUCCCCCCCUCAGUACUGCUACUACAGUGUAACCAUGGUGUAUUACUUUUAAAUAUAGUUAUUGACUGUUGUUUUUCCUGUAGAAACAAUAUAUGACAAUAAUGUUAUUGUGCUUGGAAAGAAAAAAAAAAAGAAUUUGAAUGAGUUGUAGCCUGUCAGGAGAGUGACCCAGAGUCAUGUGACUACAGGACAGUCAAAGAAGCUAACCCUCUGGAACCGCUCUGCUCCCAUGCCUCCGUACCUGUAUCUAAGUGGAGCAUGAUCAGAACAAAGAGGUUGCAGGUUGUAACAGGGUCUUUAAUAGAGUUGUUCUCUCUCUGUGCAAGUCACAGUGCCUUCCUAUAUGUACAAAAUACAUUUAAAUACUGACGUGAAAGUGACAUGGAUAUGUGGAUAUCAUACGGGGCAACUUUCAGCUGACACCCCCCCAAAACUGGGGCUGAUACUUGACACAACAAUAAAGAGGUUCAGUUCUGACUUAAGAGAACAACAAUGAAUGUGGUAGGUCCUUUAAAUGCGGCGUAUUGCAGAUCCGUUUGUGAUAUCCGCCUGUACCUCGGUGGGGUGGGGGGGGCGGGGGUGGGGGGGGCAACUCUGGAGUAGAACAAUGUGUUAAACCUCCUUCUCUUUCUUCGACAACCAAUAAGCUAAGACGCUUGCUAUUUCACGUGAAUGCCAAUGUAAAUGACUGCCAGAGGAGAGGGAAGCCAAAAAAAAAAAAAAAAAGGAGGGAGAGAUGAAAUCCUAAACGGCUUUGGUUGUGAACACAUCAUCAAGGCCCCACUUCAAUUCCCACUACCACUUUCGAGAAAAAAAAGAAAAAAAAAAAGAGCAGCUUGCACUUAUUUCAGUUAAUCACUAUUGAUAUUGACACACAACGACAUACUAAGAUGUGGUAUCAUGAAGUUAGUGGAACAACAAGAAAUUAAAAAAAAAAAACAACAAAAAAAACUUAAAGCUAAAUGUUGUGUUAUCUUGUGCUUACAUUUCAAAGGUGGUGCUUUGAGGUGAUAUUUGUUGACAGGGGCCGUGAAGCCCACGCCUGGGACCUCCAAUACAGCAACACCUUUUAGGGGGAAAAGAGAUAAAUAAAACAAAAUAGAUGGGAAGUAACACGCAACUAGAGAUGUUCUCAUGGCCUAUUGCACAGAGAUGGUGGGUGAGACGGAGGAGUCAGGGGAGGAGAAGGGCGAGCGCCAUGGGCGGUGGUCGUUAUCAGGGCCUAGCCACUUCCCCGAUGUGGGGUCACCAACCGCAUGACAUUAGAUACAGCUAGAAGACAGACUCCAGGAGUCAUGGGGACCUGGGGAGACGUCGGUGACGUCCCGGCUGUUCGCUACAGGCAGCUUCCCCGGGUUUCUCAUCUCCUUUCUGGUUUAAAACUCAUAUUCACAUUACAUACUUCAGUAGUACAGUAACGACAUUACGGAUUUUUUCUGAAUACAUAACACUUUUUGGAUGUAACGAGACAAUACAAUUGGUUUUGGUAAUUUGGUGUUGACUGGCUUGUCAAACAGACCCAUCGGUGGCAGGAGGAUAGCGGGAAACAAAAUGGUCAGUAUUUGGAGCUACAUAAGACAAAUAAGGAAAAAAAAAAGAAAAAAAGACAAAAAAUCUCAAAUUAUUAAAGUGAAUAUCACUGUGUAAUAUUUAUUCAACUUGUAAUUUAUGUACUCUUUUAACCUUUGUCUUUUUUUGUUAUGACAAAGCAUUUAUUUAAAUAAAGUUAUGUAUUCAUUUAA